GUACGAGCGGACGCGAUUGCCAGUACUUGGCAGGAAUGCAUCGCUUCUGCCAAACGGGCAACAGCAAUUUCCCCGCGCGGCAUUAGUUUCGAUCAGUCGGUCGGUCCGUCGGACGGACGAGAUUCCAAUCUGCGGCGACAGUGCCGGUUCGAUCAUUGGCGGUUUCGGAAAUGAAAGCAAUUUAUCUGCUGUCGGUUGGUUUGAUUUAUCUCAGCCAAACCGAUGCCAUCCUGGAGGAACCAAACACGACCCUCGCACCGGUGGAAAAUUACAAAACCAAUCCGUACUGCUUCCGGUUCACCUGGAUGGGCCCGAAGUACAACAAGGACACGCCGUACAAAAACCUCAGCUGCGAAAACAUCCUGAAGAAGGCGAAAGGCAUCCCGUGCUUUCACCCGUUGGUCAUAACCAACAACACCAACGUACCCGACACCGACUACAUGUGGGAGGAGUACAAGGAUAAGCCCUUACAGAUCGCGUGCCGGCUCGUACGGGGUGAGGUUUGUGCGCGUUACUCCUAUCGCUACAAUGGCGCAAUCGAAAACAUAACCUACAUGUGCGCCAAGCUGAACGUCGACAACGAAUCGUCCACGUCGACGAGCUGCUUCAAGGAGGACCGCCAGGGUCGGGAAAUUGAGGUGUGCGUGUGUGAAUCAGCCGCCGGCCGUACACCGUGCAAUCGGGCCAUCGCGUUGGCGGAGAGUGCAUCCGUUGCACCGAUGCUGUUGGUGCUGGCCGUGAUUCAAUUGCUCCUAAUAAAGUGCCUCCAGGUACGGUAGCAUUGUGUGCGGUUUUGCUCCUUCCCGAUCGUCGCCCGUUCCUUGUAAGGAACCUGGGAAAGGGGAGGUUUUUGUUGUCCUUUCGUGAUUGGUUUGUUUAGAAGUUUGGUGAACAAAAAAAGAAAUGUGCCGUAAAA